UGUGAGGAUGAACAUUGCACCUUUAAAUCACGACCACUGUGCGUUCUCGAACGGCCGGAACGCGGUAUCCGCGCAUGCGCAGUUCACCGCUCAGUGUCCGUGUGCAAGGAGGAACUGAGCAGUUUCACUAAAAUAAACAUCCACCUUCUGUUUAACAUCAGCGACCAGCAGCAAGACACACAAACACUGCGGAUCAUGUCUGCACACGAUGACUGGGAGACUAAACUGGAGAUCAGGGCGUGUAGUUUAGGCAGCAGUCCUGCAGGGGGCGACAAUCACACAGCCUGCAGCUCCCCGACUGACUCCACUGGAAAGAGUGAGACGUCUACAGAAAUCUUUGGCACCGAUCCGUUAAGGACUCUGGGAGAAAUUCUCGCCUACUGUCAGGUGAUGUACGAAGCCAUUCAGAAGCUGGAUGAGAAGUUUGAGUUGCUGCAGGCGAGAGUGACGCACAUUCAGGAAGAUCAGAUUCACGUCGAGGAGGAUCAGUCCGAGAUUUACAUGCUGGAUGAUACAGAGGUCGACCAAAUAAAUGAUGAAUCUUACCACGUCCUCCAUCAUCAAGUUCCUCCCUCGGUUCCUCCAUCUCCUGAAGGUUCAAGAACCCUAGACCUUAUCGUUACCUCAGAAAUCCCCAACUCACCGUCUUCCAAGAAUGACCCUCAGCAGUCAGGUUCGAUCUCCACAGCAUGUCGCGGUGUGAGAGACGUGUUCUUAGAGCAGCAGAACAUUGCAGAAGAUCAUCCUGAAACCAACGCUGGACACUCUUCAUCUCCGCAAACCGUCAGGAAAAUCUUACAGCAGCACCAGAAAAGUCCUGAUCCUCAAACACACGGUGGAACUGCAGGAAGCAGGAAGUUCGUCAUCCCGAGCAGUGUGUUGACGACGGCCGGCGCGAUGGUGAGACCGACGGUGGCCGCUCGCUUCCUCAUGCGCAGCCUUUUCUCCCGUCAGGAGCUGCUGCAUGGGAGCAUUAGAGGAUACACUGCUAGAGGAUUAAAAAAACUAAACCCAGAAAAAAUCAGAGCCAUACGAGAGUGGGCACAGGUGACGUACCCAGAACACGACCUGCGUGAGAAAGGUAAAGACUGGAAAGCUUGUCUCGCCGUAAUGAACGAAGGAGCCAGACACAUCCGACUGAAGGAAAGAAAGCGUAAGUUUAAAGCAGUGAGAGUCUCCAGUGAACAAGUGACGGCGGUGCAGGACUUCAAACCGGAGCCCGCGGCCGAGAUCGACGUGGAGCUGUCAGACGGGGACAGUGACGAGCUACAGCAGAGGACGGCGCUGAAAAACAAACUCAGGAGAGACUCGGACGAAGAGCCGCUGUCAGAAAACGAUUACUCGUAUGAGCCGGUCGCUCAGGUGUAUCUGGGACAUCCGGAUCGGGACGUGAAGGUGCCUCAGGUUGCCAUGUACUCAGCGUUACAGAGGCCCAAUCCUCCGCUCGUAGCUCGCUACCUCAUCAGGUUCCUCUUCCCAGAGGAGGUGCUGGUGCAGAGCAACGUGUACGGCAACGCCAAGUACGGCAUCCUGCCUCUGGACCACAACAAGAUCUCAGCACUGAGAGAGUAUCUGUGUGAACGUUUCCCCUACAUGAAGCUGGAGGACGACGGACCCAACUGGAAGGCGUGUGUCUACGCCAUGAACGGCGCCAUCCGGAAAACCAGACACACGCUGAAGAAAUGUCACAAACAGGCACAAGACGCCACUCUGAUGACUUCGUAACCACGAACAAACAAACAAAAAGAAACACAAGUACACAAAC